AUGAACAACAACAAUAGUCAUACAAAAUUCGACAUUCUCCCUAAAUUUAUGACUACUCAACACAAAUUGCUUGAACCUGCGUAUCUCAGGAAUACUCGAAGCAAAAUCAGUUACAAUGAAAGCAAGAUGCCACUUAUUGAAAGAAGUUCCAUCGUACAGUAGACUCCAAAGUCUAAGUAAUAAGUCGUCCAAAUCUGGAUUUUAGUUCUAGACACUUUGGAGCUGCUUGUGAUAGGAGGCUUUUAGGAUUUGUCUAAAUUUCAUCGUUUUCAAAAAUUUGGUCAUUCUACUGCACGUUUAGAACCUUUGCAUAGGAAGGUCGUCACUGAAGUUACUGAUGUAGAAGAAGUAGAAUCUAUCCCAAAAGAUGAGAGGACAUAUCACAAGAAAAUUUACAAAUAUCAAAAGAUGCCCAUACUUGCUUUAAUAAAAUCUUUCGAAAUAGAGUGGAUAAGGGAAUUCGAAGGUGAAGUCAACAAGAAAUCGACCAAGCCUCUAUAAUUAUCAUUUUCAAUGGCCUUAGCCAUACUUAAUACUCAUCCAGAUCCCUUGGAUUUCUUCUAAAACAACUUACAAUUAUUGGAGAGAAAUACUGGCGUGAGUAGAUUGAUCUAAAAGGUUAAUCAUUUUCAGAAGGAGGAAUUUCAGACCAAUGUGGUUGUGAUCAAGAAUUAAUCCGGUUAAGGAUUCUUUAGAAUUUAUUUUCCAAUAAAUACUAACAUAGCUAGACCCAUCGAAUUGUCCCCACAACAACUCUAUGAUGUUGUUAAGAAUAAUUUCUUUGAUAUGCAAUCAUUCGUUGCGUAAUUUGAUCAAUAAAAACUCCAAUUGUAUAUCCAAAGUAAAGUUGAUGAUGGACUCAUUUUGAAAGAGCUAAAUGAGCCUCAGUUUUUACAGCAAACAUCGCAAGCAGACAUUCAAAUGGAAUAAUUGACUAAGACUUAAGAUAAUCCUGUAUCAACUAUAAUUUAGACUGGGUUACCAGUUCAUAAAGAAUUAGCCAUCCUGAUCAUUGGAGAAAAACAUGAAUUUCCAGAUAAGAUUUUAUAAAAGAAAUUGAUAAAGAAAGUUGUAACUUUUGAAAAUAAUUUUUAUACAUGCGACUUUUUGCCAAUUCAAAUCCUAUUAAGAGAGAAAAAUUCACAAAAAAUAAUUAAAAUGUACUCUCCAUCUCUCAGAGAAUUAGAUUCAAUCUUUGUUUAAUUGAAUAUUUACACAAUGCAACAAAUACUUGAUUUAUAUGUUGUCCUCAAUUUUGACAUGCCCCCAGAGGCCUUUGAUUACAAGGACUUUAAAAAGGGGACAACUAUAAAAUUAAAUUUACCAGACGUAACAGAAUAACCUUUGGAGAUAACUGAAGAACAAAUUAAUAACGGUAUUUUGAGUUCACAAAUUAAAGAAAUCGAAAUUAAUAAUAAAGACUUACAAAUCAUUAUUGAACCUUGUAUGUUAGAAAUCUACAAUUAAGUGACCAAUAGUACAAUUAAAAAAAUAUGCUCUUCAAAAGAACUUACUUAGGUUCUAUCCAAAAGAUAUUUAAUUGGAUUUAAUUUAAUAUGA